UCGCGGUUAAAUGACGUCAUUAUGCGCCAACAUUACAUCCAUGUGGGACAGUUGCAGAGUUGAGCAGCUUGUUAUGUUCCUUGUGUGUAUGACAUCAAGGCGAUGAAGCCGCUUUAAACCGGGUUGUCUUGGUAACCGUGGAGCGCUGUGACUGUUAAAUGAAGCCGGCUCGCUCUCUGCAAACAGCAGCGAACAAGCUAACACCAACAGCUAGCUAACAGGGCAGCAGUCAAGCUCUGCAUUUCCACACAUGGCUGAUGACAGUGUGAGAGCUGGGGCUUCAGCCCAGCAGCAGGACGGCGGCGCAAGCAAUGAGAAGACUGUGAGCAGUAACGGAGAAGUUGCAGCGGGAAACCAGACUCUGUCUAAAAGGCAAAGGAAGAAGCUCCUGAAGCAGCAGAAGUGGGAGGAGGAGAGGGAGCUGCGAAAGCAGAAACGAAAGGAGAGGAAGCAGCAGCGUCGCCUGCAGAGGCAGAACCACGGGGAGGAGGAAGGAGGAGCCAGGAAACGUCCACGCAGAGAGGUGACGCCCAGCUCUCUGAGACUAGUGGUGGAUUGCAGCUUCGACAACCUCAUGCUGAUGAAGGAUGUCCGGAAGCUUCACAAACAGAUCCAGCGGUGCUACGCUGAGAACAGACGAGCUGCACAUCCAGUACAGUUUUAUCUGACGAGCCUCGGUGGACAGCUGAAACAGAGCAUGGAUGAAAAGGACAAAGGAUGGGUGAACUGGAAGGACAUUAACAUUAAAACAGAGCACUACAGUGAAGUUGUGGCUAUAGAAGAUCUGGUUUACCUGACAUCAGACUCUCCCAAUGUGCUGGAGGAGCUGGACCAAAAGAAGGCCUACAUUAUCGGAGGCCUGGUGGACCACAACCAUCAUAAGGGGAUCACCUUUGAGCGGGCGAAGGAGCUGGGGAUCGAUCACGCUCAGCUUCCUCUCAGCAGCUUUGUCAAGAUGAACAGUCGCAAGGUUCUGGCAGUCAACCAUGUGUUUGAGAUCAUCCUGGCGUACCUGGAGAAGGGAAGCUGGCAGGACGCCUUCUUCACCGUCCUGCCUCAGAGGAAAGGAGCGGUAGCUGUGGAUAAAGACGGCGCAACCGCUCCAGAAAAAGAGGAGGAAGAUUCAGACUCUGAUUCUGACCUCGACACACCAGAGCAAACAGAACACAAUCUAACACUCAGCCCAAAUGGACAACUCCAAAAAAGUCCUAAUGUCUGAUACUGUAGGAAACUGUUUUGAUUUAAUGAUGCUAAGGUUAUAUUGGAAAGUUUUUUUUUUUUUUUCAUAUUACAAAAUGCUUUUUGUUUUUUACUAGAUAUUUAUUGAAUAUUUUACUUUGUGCUCAUUUAAUUACUCAAAUCAGUUGGACUGUUGAUAUAAAUGGAGAAUUUCAGUUUUGCUACAGUUCUUUGGCAGAAUAUAGCUUAUUAUUAUUAUUAUUAUUAUUAUUAUUACAUCCAAGAAAGUGAUUUUUACUUAGAUUUUUAUUCUUUUGCUUGGAGCUGAAAGCUAAAGCUGCCAGACCUGUGCCAAAUGAAAAGAUUUAAUACAGGAUAAAGUCAACAUAUGACCAUCA